GCGACGAACUUGCUGGAGCGGGCGAGCUCCGAGGAUCCGCUGGAAGAACCGUAAAACAACAGUCGAGUUCACUCUUCACCUCUGCUCACUGGCGCCCAUGAUGACCGAACACUGAGCGAUCUCGCAUCCGCAUACUCAAGUCCAGCCCGAUUAUUUUGAUUCCAAGCUACGAAGCCUCUCGCCAUCUCAAAAUGGGUAUCUUACCAUGGAUUUUAGGCCUUCUUACGCUUCUGGUAACAGUUAACGCAGGUGACAUGAUGAGAAAAUCCAUUGUUUUUGACAAGAAAACUCCGGGUGUAUUUUACUGUCCUCUUCAAAAACCCACAGGUUUUGAGAAGAUGUUCGUUCAUGCCAAGCCUAUCAGCAAGUUAUGCGAAUUUGAUGGGAAACCUCUACCAGCUGACUACAAAUCAGAUUGUUAUCAUGAUGUCGAUGAAACAGAAUAUGCAUGCAAAGAAAAGUACAGGAUAAUGAAGAGGUACGCCAAAAAAAUCGAUCAGUCCGCUGUCAAAGAAGAUAACAUUAAAACGGAAACAUAAGAUGCGGAUGCACCCUCCGGGCGCACUGAAUGAUACAGAGGCUGCAAAGUGGGAAAACGCAUACAAGAAAAUGCUGAAAAAGAGGAGUCAUCGCCGAAACUUCCGCCAGGAGGUCGUCAAAAUAAGGAGGAAAAACUAAAUUUAACUAUACCUUUUCUCUGUCUAUUCCAUGUAGCUGAAAUGGGUUCGCUCCUAAAUUUAGGAAUCCACAAAAGAAUCAAAGAAUGAAGUUUUCCAUUAAAUCUAGUCCUUACAGCGUUUACUCCCUGCCAAUGUGAGAGAGUAAACAAAAUAUAAGUCUGAGAUUCUUGUCAUUCAGCUUGGUGGAACUUUAAUUUCCUGAUAAUGUUUUUGGAAAAAUACCUCUCUUACUAAUUGUUAAAACUUUUCUGCAAGCUAGGAACCUCAGAUGUAAUGAAUUGAUACAUUUCAGCAGAUAAUCGUGAUGAAACUUGCUUAACCCCUUAGAAACUUUAACAAAUUAACACUUGUAUUAAUUUGUAGAGUAGGCUUUUCCAACAUAGCAGAAAGUAGCCGUUUUGUGGCAUUUUCAGGUUGAAAAUAAUUUGGGCGUAACUGUAUGAACUUUUAUCAUUUAUGACUGGAAUUUUUUGUAAUUUAGAAUUUUUAAUCAAGUCUUUCCCUGUCAUUGGUUGAAUCACUUGAUUUAGCAUCUUAUUUGGAAAAGCAGUUUCUAUUGCCAGUGUGAAUUUUUCCCCGCAGUUUCGGAUAAUCGUGACUGAAGCUUUGCUGAAACAUCUGUCCAGUCCUCUUCAAAUCUUGAAAUCUACUUAUUAGUCAUAGAAUGCAUUUACCCCUCAAAAACCAAACAGCUACCAUAACAGCUAAUAUCAUCUUUGUGAUUCUCCUGAACAUCCUCCAUCUCUAAAAUUCUCUAAGACAACGCCUUCCAGUGGGAUUUCCCGUUAUCAGUAUCUAUUCCUCAAUUUUUAGCCAUCAGAAAUGGUUAAAAGGAACGUCAUUGUUCAGUUUCUUGUUGUCUCCUCGCUUCUCUAAACAUUUUAUGUAGAAGAAAUUUUUAGAAGGAUUUUUUCUGCACAUUUAUGUUCAGAAAAUCUUCUUCAGAAGUUUUUGCAAUUCUGUAUUUGUUCCCACUUUAUAUCUUGUGUUAAGUACUUACCAACAAUGGAACUAGAAGACGAUGCAUCUCAUUUUUCAACUACGCAGACUCUCUGGCAUGCAUUACUCCUAAAUGGAUAAUUAUACAGCGCAAUUCCUUCUAAACGGGAGUCUUUCCUUGCUGAACAGAGAAUAUUCUGUGAACACUUUCAGCAACUAUCUUAAUUUGCUGUCCUUUAAAAAAUAAAUUUUAUUGUAAAAUUUUCAACUCCAAUAUUAGGGGGCAAGUUAUUCUAGUUUCAUCAAUGUCAUACAGGGUGAUCGAAUAGUCCUGCACCAUUCCUAUGUCCCCUUGGGCUCUUGCCCUGCUACAGUUUGAUCUCUUUUAAAUUUUGGGUGUCCAAGAAGUACGUUCCCUUGAUCUAGGGGCAUUCACAAAAUUUCAAGUCUCUAUCUUAAUGCGUUCAAAAGUUACUCGCACGAUGCCUGGUGCUAGUGGUGCAGAAUUUUUUUUGGAUCACCCUCAAUUUUCUUAAGGACUAUUCUUUAAGCUCUAAACUGUGUUCUAUACAUGUGCCUUUGCACAGUCUGUUCACUGCCCCUUUGGAUGCCAAUAUGAUCGUCAUGAUCAUUUGUUGGCAACAACUGAAAACCCUUUUGAAAAAAGAACCUAUGAAAUUAUGGGCAUGUCUUACAUGGUCUGUGGAAGAUAACCUGUUGGGUAUCACUGUUUUGUAGGCCUUUUUUCUAAGAGGGUCCUCAGUUCUCGUAACGAAGAAGUGUGGUACAUAGUUCUUUUCGGCCCUUGGUGCCAUAAAAAUUAACACUUAAUUAUGCCGUCUACAAAUUACACUUUAAGUGCGUUAUAAUUUUUAAGUUUUCUUU